AUGCUUGCUCAUAUCUAUCUAUCUAUCUAUCUAUAUAUCUCUGUUUACAUCUAUUUCUGUUUGUUCAUAUCUAUCUAUCUAUUUAUCUAUCUAUCGCUGUUCAUAUUGAUUUCUGUCUGUUUAUAUCUAUUUAUGUUUGUUCAUAUCUAUCUAUCUCUAUUCAUAUCUAUUUCUUAUAUGUUUGCUCAUAUCUAUUUCUUUUUGUAUCUAUCUAUCUAUCUAUCUAUCUAUCUAUCUAUCUAUGUUCAUAUCUAUCUGUUUAUAUCUAUUUCUCUUUGUUCAUAUCCAUCCAAUCAUCUCUGUACAUAUCUAUGUCUGUUCAUAUCUCUUUCUUUUUGUUCAUAUCUAUCUAUCUAUCUCUUUUCAUAUCAAUUUCUAUUUGUUCUUAUCUAUCUAUCUAUCUUUCUAUCUCUGUUCAUAUUUAUUUAUGCUUAUUCAUAUCUAUCACUGUUCAUAUCUAUCUAUCAAUCCAUCGCUGUUGAUAUCUAUUUCUGUUCAUUAUCAAUCUAUCUCUGCUCCUAUCUAUUUUAUUUCAUAUCUAUCUAUCUCUGUCUAUCUAUCUCUGUUCAUAUCAAUUUCUAUUUUGUUCAUAUCUAUCUAUCUAUCUAUCUAUCUAUCUAUCUAUCUAUCUCAGUCUGUUCAUAUCUAUCUAUCUAUCUAUCUAUCUAUCUCAGUCUGUUCAUAUCUAUCUAUCUAUCUGUCUUUCUCUGUUCAUAUCUAUUUAAAUCUCUCUAUCUCUGUCUAACUCAGUAUGUUCAGAUCUAUCUAUCUAUCUAUCUAUCUAUCUAUCUAUCUAUCUAUCUAUCUCAGUCUGUUCAUAACUAUCUAUCCCAGUCCGUUCAUAUCUAUCUAUCUAUCUCAGUCUUCUGUUCACAUCUAUCUAUCUAUCUAUCUAUCUAUCUCAGUCUGUUCAUAACUAUCUAUCUCAGUCUGUUCAUAUCUAUCUAUCUAUCUCAUCUGUUCAUAUCUAUCUAUCUAUCUAUCUCAGUCUGUUCAUAUCUAUCUAUCUAUCUAUCUAUCUAUCUAUCUAUCUAUCUAUCUAUCUCAGUCUGUUCAUAUCUAUCUAUCUUUUUAGCUCAGUCUGUUCAUAACUAUCUAUCAGUCUGUUCAUAUCUAUCUAUCUAUCUAUCUAUCUAUCUAUCUAUCUCAGUCUGUUCAUAUCUAUGUAUCUAUCUAUCUCAGUCUGUUCUUAACUAUCUAUCUCAGUCUGUUCAUAUCUAUCUAUCUAUCUAUCUAUCUAUCUAUCUAUCUAUCUAUUUAUCUAUCUCUCUAUCUAUCUCAGUCUGUUCAUAUCUAUCUAUCUAUCUAUCUAUCUAUCUAUCUAUCUAUCUAUCUAUCCCCACACUACUCCGUUUACUUCCAAUCAAACCCAUUCAAUAUUUUUUAAUGGAUUACUCUUUCUCUUUUUCUCUCUCAUUCUCUCUCAUUCUCUCGCAUUCUCUCGCAUUCUCUCGCGUUCUCUCUCUCUCUCUCUCUCUCUCUCUCUUGUUCUUGCUUUUUUAA